CUCGAAGUUGGUGUUCAAGGUAUCGUUGUAAGCAGUCAUGGUGGUCGACAAGUCGAUGGCGGCGGCGUUGGCUUGCCUGGAAUGUUACCAAGCAUUGCUGAUCCUGUGGGCGAUAAACGAGACAUUUUCCUCGACUCUGGGAUCCGGUGUGGCGCGGACAUUGCCAAAGCUAUGGCGCUGGGGGCCAGAUCGUACACAUAUGGCUUAGUCCUUGGGGGUGAGGAAGGCGUCGGUCACCCCCUCAAAGCGCUGUGCGGCGAUUUGGACUUGACGUUGCAUCUUGCUGGCAUUCCGUUUCCCAAAUUCAUCUCAGUCGAUGUUCAGGAAGAUAGUCUGUAG